AUGGGUCGACGAAUGCCGAGAGUUUACUUGAUCCGUCACGGAGAGACUGAAUGGUCGCUAAAUGGCAGACAUACCGGUACUACUGAUAUACCGCUGACUGAGAACGGAGAACAAAUGGUCAAGGAGAUGAGUCCAAAAAUGAUGGGUAAAGGAAAGUUGAUCAAUCCCAAUCAUGUCCGACAUAUUCUCAUCUCUCCUAGACAAAGAGCUCAACGAACCGCUCAUCUGCUUUUCGGCGACCAUCCACCUUCCAAUUGUGAUUUCGCUACUGAUCCUGAUGUUGCAGAAUGGGAUUAUGGAAAAUACGAAGGAAUGCUUACCAAAGAUAUCAGGAAGGAGAAACCUGAUUGGAGUAUCUGGGAUGACGGAUGUCCACCUGGUGAGACUCCAGGAGAAUCUCCUCAACAAAUGACUGAAAGAGUAGACAGGGUCAUUGCGAAAGUACGGGCUAUCCACGAAGCUGCUGAAAAUGCAGCUGAGACACCUGAAAAAGCCGAUUAUGCAGACGUAAUCAUCUUCUCUCAUGGUCAUUUCUCGAGAUCAUUCAUCGCUAGAUGGUGUGAUCUACCCAUCCAAACCGGAUAUCACUUUAGCGCGGAAGCUGGUGGACUGGCAGUAUUAGGUUACCAGCAUCAUACUUUGAAAGAACCAUCCCUGCUUGGUCUCAAUUGGUAUACUGAAGAUGCCCUCGAGCGUCGUUAG